UUGAUGAAGUGGAUUAAAAGCAGGCUAGUGUCUGCAAGGGCAUUGUUCUUCUCCCACAGUUUCAUCUCUUCGAUUCGUAUAUCCGUACACCAUGGCAUCACGCUAUGAUGCUUUACAAACUAGGGAGGAUAUGAACGACCCUAUACGAUUGCAAGAAGGCCAGGAUGUCGCCUCUGUACAACAGUACGAAUACCAGGAUGUCAGUGUGGCGAGCGAGCGCUCCAGCGUUUCUAUACAACAAUACGAAUACCAGAACUUCAGCGUAGCGAACGAAAACUUGGUCAAUGCUGCACAACAACAGAAAACUAAAGAUGUCCGAACAACCGUAGUUCCUGCCCACAAGGCAGAAGUGCCUGAAGGGCGACCCGUAACAAUUGUGCGCAGAAUCGGCAAGUGGCCCUGCACUCUAAUUGUGCUCAGCAUACUCGGAACUGCGGCAUUCAUCAUUUACAUUACUUUUCUCUGGUUUACCGCAAGCGGUAAUAAGAAUUGGAAAAACAUCGCUCUGUCCGGUUGGAUGACGAGAUCUGUCGCCAUUGCGGCUGUUGUGCUUCGAACAUCAACCACUGUGCAAGCCGGCCUCGCGUCAUCUAUGCUUGCCGCUAUUGCGCUUGAAAGUACUACUGGAGUUGCCCUGCAAGAUCUAGCACCUCUGUCUUUGAUGCGCGCGUCUUCGGCGGCGCCGUAUGCUCUAUUAGCAUAUCCGAAGCUCGGUCGCAACGGACCAACUUGGGUUCUUCUUGUGUGGGCUGCCAUCAUAUCGAUCACAACUGUUUUACUUCAGUUUACAUCGACGAUUCUGCUGGCCGACGUGAACGCGGGCUUUAUUCCGAGUGGUCUUUCACCGUACGCAUAUGUACUUCCUCAAGAGUUGUUGUAUAGGGGAAGUCUGACUGCCAACUGGCGAAGCGCUCCACGCCCGUGGCCGAUAUUUGCAGAGUAUACGGGAAACGACUCGGCUGAUGGGUCACUAGGCUACUCAGACACAGGUUCCACAAUGAGAGCGCUUUUGCCGUUUAGCGAUACUCGGUCUCGGUCCUUCAUCCAUACCUACGAAGGUCCAGCCCCCGUCGUCGAUGCGCGCACGAUUUGUAUUAGGCCAAAUAUCACAAAUACUCGGGUACAAGCCAAUACUACUUACGACCUCAAAAUUCAUGGGAAUAUUUCGAUUCCAGACGACCUGCUAACAGUCCUCUUGGCCGAGACCCCCUUUACGGGCUUCAAGCCAACCGCGUUUGCGUGUGAGCCGUCGUGGAACUUCGUAAGAGAUUAUGGCCAGAACAAAGUUGCAGGUCGAACCUCUGCUUGGGAUCUAACCGUUUGCGACAUCGGACCGGCAGGUUAUGGGGAGCUUAAAAGCCCCUUUUGGAAGAACUUCUCCAGCGAAGUCACCCCUUUUCUUCUGAUGAACUACACGGGUUAUGUGGAUCAACAAGUCCAAAACAACACGAAACUUCCACCUUCGGAACUUGCAAACUUUAAUGAUACAACUCCAGGACUACGUUAUCAUGACAGAAACGAGUGGCUCGAUCUGAAACAAGACGCGGAUGCUUUGGACUGGUCGGGUGGCAACAAUUUCGCAGAUAACAAGCUAAGCUUCAGUCUCUGCCUUCCAGUAUUCCGCGCCUAUGUUCUUAACAUAUCGGCAACAUCACGAGCGCCUCUGGAAGAGCCAACGUUCUUCUUUGACGUUGAGCGAAGUCAGUUCCGCUACGAUGAUAUACGGAAGCAGUUAGUUUCAUCGUCGAAGCUUCCCACAGAUGAGCGAAAUGUUCUAUCUUUGCAUCCACAGUCCUGGCGACUCUUCGACAAUAUGACCGACCAAGAAUACCCUUUCGGUAACAUCCUCACCAUGAUAACGCUCACCGGCUCAGGCACCGGCUCAAAUCAGAUUUUCGAGCCAGGGCAAGAACAUUCUACUUUACAUCUGAUGGACAACAUGAAAGAAUUCCAGCCUCGUGCAGAUUACAAUAUCGAAGGACUUGGAUUAGAGAUUCUACAAGAAGACGGAACCCCAGCGGAAGCAAUGCAAAGCAUGCUGAUGAGCGUUGUACUGGCAGACUACCAGUCUUACGUCUUCACUGAAGUUCCCGAUGGCACACCGAACAGUACAGUCGCCUUGCGUGGUGAUUUCAUCACAGCGCAGGUGCCCGGAGGUAAUGGACGACCUGCAACCAACCCUGCCGGAGCGACAAGUUCAUAUAUCAUAGUCAUGAUAGCCACAGCUAUACACAGCGUCGCCGUGUUCUUAAUUUUCAUGCUAUUCAUUAGAAGCACCAAACAUACGCUGAUUUGGGAGAGUUGGCACAUCAUCGCCCAGAGCAUAAGCGCAGUUACUGAACCUUAUCUCAACCAGGCGGGCCUAGCCACCGACUCCGAAAUCAAGAAACAAAUGAAGACCGACGGUACUUCUAAUCAAGCUGUUUCAGUCAAAACGGAUGAAAGCGGAGCCAGAACUGAAGUCGGCGUUGUUAGGCAACGGGUGAAGAGUAGCAGAGUACAAAAGGACUCUCAGAGUGAUCUUUUAAUGGAGGAGCUCAGGCCUGUGAGAUCUGUACGGGAUGUGCAGCGGUGGAACGAUAGAGACACAACCAACAAUUAGUCGGGGGCGUUGCGAAUUAUUGAUUCAUAUCUGCUAAUAGGGGGGUAUUAGAUGGCAUCGAUACUGCUAGGACAGAUUGCCAGACAAUUCGCCUGACGCUGCCAACCUACACCAAUCUCUCCUUUCUUAUUAACCCAUCUACCUUUACUCUACAUCAAUCUGUCAUUUCCCACGUCUCUCAUCAAAAAAGCGUCCAGGACACAUGGCCUAAUGGUAAGGCGCCCGCACACAAUGGCCUUAGCGUCGCCCGGCAUGAAUUCGCUGAAAUUGAGCAUGGGACAGCCAGCACAGAAUUUGCGAAAGUUCGGCACUGGGCAGUCGUGAUGCGGGACAUGCAAGUUCGAG